UUGUGCGACGGCACCACCUGCUGUUCAUAAGAGGGCGGGACCAUACCGGAAGACGCCUCGAGGAUUUGAUUCAAGUCACGCGAUACCAGGGAAAACGAGACUUCCUUUGGUCCUUUUCCGCCCGAUCAACCAGCAACAUGGCAGAAACCGAAAUCAAGAAGAAGCGAACCUUCAGGAAGUUCACGUACCGCGGCGUGGAUCUGGACCAGCUUCUGGACAUGUCUUAUGAGCAGCUCAUGCAGCUGUACUGUGCCCGUCAGAGGAGGAGGCUGAACCGUGGCCUUCGCCGUAAGCAGCAGACUCUUCUCAAACGCCUGCGCAAGGCCAAAAAGGAGGCUCCUCCAAUGGAGAAACCAGAGGUGGUUAAAAGCCAUCUGAGGGACAUGAUCAUCCUGCCUGAGAUGGUUGGCUCUAUGGUCGGAGUGUACAACGGCAAGACAUUCAACCAGGUUGAAAUUAAGCCUGAAAUGUGUGGUCACUACCUUGGAGAGUUCUCCAUCACCUACAAGCCCGUGAAGCACGGCCGCCCCGGGAUUGGAGCCACACACUCGUCCCGUUUCAUCCCUUUGAAGUAAAACGACUUUACUGGAAAAAUAAAACUGUUCCACAAAA